AUGAAAGGCUGCUCAUGCCUCGCCAUAUCCCCAGCUCCAAUGUCUACCCCGACGACGUCCUCCCCAAUUCCCCCUUUUCCAUCUGAGACCUACAGUGCAUACCACAGGCGCCCUCUCGGUCGAUCUGCGCGGCCUGAGACCGACGAAGAGGCACUACAGCGCCUCAAGGCGACAAUACUCAACAAUCAGCUUGCUAUCUAUAGUGCAAUUCCUCAGCAGGCAGCCUUCACCAAUCUCUUUUUUCCUGGACCAUAUCCUUUCCCGUUUGGUCCUGUACAGUUCCCGCCCGUCUCUCAGGACCUCUACAAUUGGGGAGCUGCACCCGGGGCCAUGCUUCAGAAUUUCGACCAGUCUACUCCUAGUAUUUCUUCUGGAUCGACGAUUUUCGAUUCCUCUUAUGACUCCGCUGGUGUUGCAGUCGGUAAGACAAAAGACCCCAGAAAACAUCCUCCCAACACUCCAACUGCGGAGGCUCCGCCCGACGCCCAAGGCGACACACAAUCGCAAGCUCCAGAAAUCCGCUCAUUCAAUCUAGAUCAAUCUUCUUUGGAGGCUCUAUUGCGUGUUAUACGUGAUCAACGUAUGUCUUUGGCGACUUGUGGACAAGCCAACCAGGAAACGCCUCGCAAGAGCGACGAUCAGCAACGUGCUGUACAACCCCGUAGUCACGAUCAUCCUGGAGAGGAGCGUCUACCGGCGGAACUCAGGCCUUCCGAGGCAUGGCUGCGAAAACAGCAGGCGGGCUCUACAUCUCUGGGUUCUGGGCUCUCUGGACAACUUGACGGCAGGAACUCUGGCGGUGCUGUGGCAUCAACUGGACUGCCCUCUAGAGAUGAUCGUGCGACAAAGCCAUCCGGAGCUGAACGCACUGAUAGCCCUGGUGAGGAAGGUGCUGUUCUCGAACCCGCGGCGGAUAUAUAUCCCGGCCGUCGCCCACGCGAGCCGUUGUCAGACUACCGACCCUGUGAACGGACUGAGUUCGACAGGCCCUGGGACGACAGUAACCACUCCAUGAAUUGCGAGUCCCCAAGCUACCGCGUCCGUAAUUCUUCACGCUUCGAGCCUUACAGGCGAUACGGGAGGAACGACUCACCGUGGAGGGCUCCUCAGAGACUAGAGAGCGACAGGCGUGGAUACGAUUGCAACAGGGACUGGAACGCCCGGCCUUACUCGUACCGGGACAGAACGGACUAUCGCGUCGAUAGGGAUCGCGAGUACAAUCGCAACUGCGAUCAGCGCCCGCAUUAUGGCAGCUAUCGCGAUGAGAUUUCUAGUACUCCGCGCACCAGGCGGUACAGCGCGACGUCGCCAGAGUCUCGCACUCGUCGAGCAUGGGGCGAUGAAUACGACCCACGCUCUUCGCGCCGCGCACGUUCCCCGGAUCCUCCUCCAGGCGAGCGGGGGGCCUACGUCCCACAGUCAUCGCUGUUCGCGCUGUCACGCGUACGUCCUAGGAGCCUGAGUCCUGUGCGUCGCGAUAGAGACAGGGACAACAUGUCGAAACCGUCGCCGAAGAGAGCAAGGGACGACGGGUACUCAGCCGGAUCGAGUCACUCUGACCAGCGCGGGAUAGACGAGAGAGGACACCGCAGUUCGUAUCCCCAAGGCCAUCAUGUCAAUGAACGAUACGAUGGCACGCGUGGAGGUAGGGAAGCUGGGAAGAAGAAGGCUACCCUGCGAAAGUGUAAGGUAGAGGAAUAA